AUGGCGAGGUUGAGCAAUAUCUCUGUUGUUGUCCGCUCCCCUUCGCCUCAUACCACCCCCUUCAAGUCCUUUGACGAUGCUUUCUUCGGCCGAACCAUCGACCACAUCCUCUCGGAAGAAACAAGUCGCGAAGGCUCCCGUGAUGAAGACCAACUGAUGGAUAACUCCAGCUCACCUAGUCUGUUCGGGACUGACGCCUUGCAUGACGCGCUGGCCCUUUCGCCUAGUCAUGCUCGAAGCAUUGAGACCAGGUCUUCGCAAGUCCCUACUCCCUCGCCGACUCGUGUCACUGCUGCUACUUCCAUCACCAAAGACAAGAAACUGAAAUCGGGAGCCUCCCCGCAAGUCAAAAGUGCAACCGUAAAGUUGGAUGGAGAUAUCAAAGAAAACUCCGAGAAUGACUCCAGGAAUUCCAAGAAAGAGUCUCAGAGAAAGCGCAACAAGAAGUCCAAGGAGAACUCCAAAAAGAAGUCUAAGAAAUAUCUCAACAACGAGUCUGAGGACGUUUCCAGCAAAUUGUCCGAUGAAAACCCCGAGGAAGGCUCUACAGAUGGCAUGAACCCCGUUAAACCCAUGAAAGGACCCGAACAAGUUCUCGAUCAGCCCCUGAUCGAAGACCCCGAGGAGUCGUCCGAAGAUAAGAUCUUCGCCUCGGUCAGUGCCGGCAGCCAGAUGGCGGUACUGAAAUUCAUUGCCUCCCACGCUUUUAUGACUUCGGAGGUUCAGCCUAUCGUACGAUCAGCCAGGCGCCAAUUCACCAAUUCCGUGCGAAAGGUGGCCUUCUCAGCCAAAAUGGACAAUAGAUCUGUUGAUGCCUUGCUGGAUUUUGUGCGAAAGACUUAUCUUGAUGAACGUGACAUCGUGGCCGCAGACGAUGCUGGCUCGUCCUUUGGCGAUGAAAUUGAUGACGAAGAGGAAGAACACCCAAAGCGUUCAUACAAGAAGCGAUCGAGCGUCAGCCGUGGUCAUAUCUUGUUUGCACAGGAACUCGUGAAAGUCUCCGGUAAAAAUGACCAUACCACUAUCCAGGCUUCAAGACAGCACAAGAGGCGUCACUCGGACAGUGCAGCGCGCCAUGGUCACGGGAAAGUCACUAUCUCGGAUGUCUCUGGCAUCGAAUAUGAUGCUGAGACUGCUGGGCACAAGAAGCGCAAGAGGCGCCACUCUGAAAGCGCAGUCCAGGACGCUCAUGAUGAGGCAGUGAUUAAGAAAGCCCCACGCUCAGAGACCGCUACAAUUACUCCUGCAAUUGGGGUGGCCACAGGCCUCGUUGAAACGCCCAUUGCAAAAGAAGUUCCUGAAGAGAAGAAACAGAAGAAGCGCAAGAGGGGUCGCUCUGAAAGCGCAACUGAACAUGCUCAGGAUGAGGCUACGACUCAGAGGGUCCCACACUCGAAGACCGCUGUAGAUACUCCUGCUACUGCGAUGAAAUGCAUCGUAAAAACUUCUAGCACCGAUGAGGUUCUUGAAAAAAAGAAGCCGAAGAGGAACAGGAAUAAGAAGCGCAAGAGGCGUCACUCUAAGGGCGGGAUUAAAUUGGACGGGAGCGGUGAAGGUAACUCGCGCAAAAUACCCUUCCAUGACAAUGCACGAGGUGCAUCAAUCCAUUCAGUUUCCAAAACCCCUCCUUCUGGCCCUGCCAAGCCAAAAGAGUUGAAGAAAGAGAUAAACAAGAAGAAGAACCUUCGGAGACAACAGCGCAGGCUUGAAACCGGCGGUCUUUUGAGUGAACAUCAACCAGAUAUCUCCGCUGAACACCCAGCCCAGGAAAUGAAUACGCCCAUCCGGCCGUCAAGCUCUCGACAAAGUUCCAAAGAGAUUCGAAGUCCUCAUCCUCCUCUGCCCGCUGACCCAAAUCUGUGGGACGUGGAUUUUUAA